UAAACAACAAUGAUGGCUGACGAAAUGCUCUAGAGGCAACGUGGAUUUGAAAUAUUUAUGUUUUGACAAAGAAAAACGUUCUCUUGCACCGUCAUGGCUUAGACAGUUUUCAAAAAUAUUAAGUCAUCCAAGAAAUUCAAAAGAAUCCAGGAAAAAUGGAUCGGGUGAUGCUGCAGAAUCUGGCGCAGCUGGUCAAUUCGACGUCGUCCGAAGGCCAGAGGGAAGCGCUCAUCUACUUUGAGCAGCUGCGCACUUCUGAAGGAGCAUGGAAACAAUGCAUCGAGUUGUUGCUCACAGACCUGACCCUGGAUGAGACGGUCAAGUACCUUUGUCUGCAAAUCAUUGAACACUUUAUCAGGGACCGCUACGGCACUGCAAGCGUUGAACAGCAAAACAUUCUCAAGCAGUUUCUGCAGCAAUGGAUUCAACUCCAGUGCAACAGCAACCUGAACCAGAAGGAUUACAUCAGGAAUAAGAUGGCUCAAAUUUUCUGCCUAGUUUUCCUCCAGGAUUAUCCCGCUCGCUGGUCGACUUUCUUCACAGACUUGGUGCAAACUCUGCCCAUGGGUGAACAGGCUGUAGACAACUACCUGAGAGUUUUGCAAACAAUUGACACUGACGUGACCUCUCGAGAAGCUGUUGACACACCUCAGGAGGCAAUGAGGAAUACUCUUAUAAAGGACACCAUGAGGGAGACCUCUGUGCCCAAAAUGGUUGAGUCGUGGUUUCACAUUCUGGAUACGUAUCAAAAUAGUCAACCAGCUCUGGCUGGCAGGUGCCUUCAAGUGAUUGGGGCAUAUAUAUCAUGGAUUGAUAUCAACUUGGUGGUCAACGACCAGUUUUUCCCACUUCUUGUGCAGCAGCUGUCCAAAAAUGAUCUGAGGGAAGAUGCUGCUGACGGUCUCUUAAGCAUCAUCAACAAGGGUAUGGAGCCAACGCAGAAAAUCAAACUCGUCGACUCUCUCAUCAACAUUCUGGAAGCAACAAACAUCCUUAAUCCGCAGAAUCCUAAUUACACUGAUGACGAAACAGAAUUUACAACAAAAAUUUCCAAGUUGGUGAAUGGUAUGGGAAUGAUGCUCCUCGAUUGCCAUAGCAAGUUCCUCAAGGCUGGUGAUGAAUCUAAGGCACUAUCUGCCUUUGCACUUGUUGAAAGAAUGCUGCCUGUUACUGUUGGUUUCCUGGCAAAUGACUAUGAUGACGUGUCAGCUGCAAUUAUUGAGUUUUGUAAAUUGUACAUAUAUACAGUUAAGAGUAGAACAAUUAGGACUGAAAGUCAGGAGCAGAUUAUGUGCAGUCUUCUUAGCACAGUGAUUAAAAAGCUAAAAUACGACGAGUCGUACAACUUUGAAUCUGAGGGUGAAGACGAAGCAGAAUUUUUUGAAUUUAGGAAACAAGUGAAGGUGAUUUUGGACAACUUGGUUGGCCUCAACAAGGAGUUCGUCUUAAAUUUCUCAGAAAAGUUUGUGAUCAAUACAAUUCCACAAUGGCGUUUCAUCAGCUUUGCAGAUGUUGAAGUUGCCAUUGCCAUAGUAUACUACAUAGGUGAAGCGCUGCCCAACUCCGGGGGGAAUCACUUCACUGGUGGAGAGCCAAAUGCUCUGAGAAACAUGGUGAGAGCGUUGGUUUUGAACGAUUUGAGCUCGCACAACCAUAGUGCAGUGAAACUCAUGUACUUUGAAACCAUUGUGCGGUAUGAAAAAUUCUUCCUCGUCGAGCCAAUGCACCUGGAAAAUGUCCUCGCCUCCUUUGUUGAUCAUCGGGGCAUUAGGAACCAAAACGUCAAAGUACAGAGCCGAUGUGCUUAUCUUUUUUCUCGAUUCCUUAAGAGCGUCAAGCCUCACAUUCAAGCUUUUGCUCCGAAUCUGCUUCUGGCAUUGAAAGAUCUACUCGAGCUCAACACUCCUACUCAACCUGCAUCUGUAAUGUUGCAAACUAAAUUCGCCCUCUCUGACGGAGACCAGCUUUACAUUUACGAAGCCUGCAGCACGCUCAUCCUGGCCAGUCGACUUGAUAAUGACUCUAAAAGUGCUCUAUUCCGAGAACUGGUCAAUCCUUUAUUGCAAAGGAUUAGGCCCUUGCUGGACGAAAUGCUUUCGGAAGGAAAUCCUGUGCGGAAAGAAGCUUUGGCAGAUUGCGUGUGCCAUGCUAUGGCCCUCACCAGCCGCUCAAGCAAGGCAUUCAGCAGUCAGCUAAGCAUGAAGAUUAUUGGAUGCCACAAAUUGUACCUCGAAGCGUUGGAAACCUUUUUCCUUCUUUGUCUCCAAGUGCCGGAGCACCAGCAGAAACUUCAGGGCGCUCUCCGGCAGUAUUUGCACAGAAUGAUAGUGUGCUUGGACGUUGACAUUCUACCCAUAAUGCCGACAAUUUCCAAUAUGCUUCUGAAUGCAAGCAAUGCUCACAGUUUUCAAGAAUACCUCCCCAUUCUCAUCCAGUUGAUCACAAAAUUUAAAAAGGAUGUGAUUCCCUUCCUCAGCGCCUCUUUCAUUCCCAUAAUAAAUACGAUGGUUCGUGUUCUGGAGCAGCCUGUUGAUGAAAACGACGAGGAAUCAGUCAGGGAUAGACAGAGUCUGCAGCGAAACUACUUCCUCUUCAUCUCAACCAUUGUGGGGAGCAACGAGAUUAUAAUUGUACUGGACUGUGUGCCGGUGCAAGGGUUGGAACAGCUGCUUGGCACUGUGGUCCAAGGCGCCGUAGAGCUGACGGAUCCCGUUGCCCAGAAAACUUGCUUUACAAUAUUGAAAAGACUGGUCGAAUCGUGGGGCAGGAGGGCAGACAAGCCAGGUUUCCAUCAGUAUGUGCUGGAAAACAUAGUUCCCGCUUGUUUCAUGGCCCCCAUGAAAUCGACUUUUGACCUGCGAGACGCGCAGUACUCGACUGUCUUGACUGAAAUCGCCUCCUGUUUGAAAGCAGUGGUUAGUGCCAGGUGCCCUAACUUUGAUAAAUUCUUGUGCGACCGAAUUUUCCCACUGCAUAACAUUCAUGAUGGGAUGGCAAAUGAAUUUGUACAGGCACUCUACCAGGCUGAUAUGAAGACUUUUAAGAACUAUAUUAAACAAUUCUUCAUGCAGCUGAGACCAUGACAAGAAAGGCAGGGCCUGCAGAGGUCUGCCUCGACAACAGGUCCUUCAACCUACCCCCUGUACCAUCUCAUCACCUCGUGACUCAUCUGUGUGUUGUCUAGUGGACCCAUUAAUCAAUUGCCUCUAAUCCCCCAGCACUGACUGUAACUAAACAAAGUAAUCCUUAGUGGCAGCCAUACAUGAAUGUAAAAAUUGUUUGAUUGUGCAAAAUGAACGUUGCUUAUAUUACCUUUGCACUAAGGGCAACAAGCUGAUUGUCUACAGUUUUUUGUUUGUAUUGUACAUUUUGCUUGUGGCAUAUUAAUGUGGAGCCAACGUUUAAUGAGAAUUUACUCGUAGCAUUGAAAACCCAGGUUUAUGAAGUCUGUGAUUGGCAUGCAAUAUAAUUUUAACGUAGUUAACAGCCACUGUUAAUACUUGUAUUUAUCAGUUACAGGCUUAUCAUUCCAAAAUAUAAUUAUUUUGAUAUAAAAGGAAAAUGUUUUGUAAUAAUUUUGUGUUGGUUACUCAUGGAGGUCAAUUUAUGUCAUUAUCCCUGAAAGAAGUAAUUAAUUAUUAGAGUUUGUAAUGAAUUUAACAGAAACUUUCAAUAACAAUUGUACUGUGCAUUUGAAGUUGCAUAAAUCAUGUGUACGGAAUUUUGUAAUCCGAAAUCAUAAAAAUUCGUCUUUACGAUAUAAUAUGAUACAACAGAAAUUGAAUUUUUAUCACAGCAGCUUAUCCUCUUAUAAAAAUAUUCUGCUAUACUUCAAGCAAAUCUUCACAUGAAAUGUAAGGCAAAAAAUUAUUUUUUC